UUCUUUAUCCAUUAAACAUGUCUUUCGAUACCGCUGCCAUUAAAAACAACAUUAUCUCUCACGAAGUACCUGACUUUGUCUACACUUACGGUACUGCCGGUUUCCGUUCAAAGGCCGACGUGUUGGGUUCUGUCAUGUACAAGGUUGCUAUCUUGGCUAGUUUGCGUUCCAAGAAAUUGAAUGGCUCCACCAUUGGUGUCAUGAUUACUGCUUCUCAUAAUCCUGAAGAGGAUAAUGGUGUCAAACUCGUUGAUCCUCGUGGUGAAAUGUUGGAACAAUCAUGGGAAGUCUAUGCUACCAAACUUGCUAAUGCAAAGGAUGGUGAAACACUUGUUCAAGUCGUUGAAGAAAUAAUUGCUCAAAACAAGAUUGACGUCGAAACUCCCGCCAAUGUUAUUUAUGCACACGAUACUAGACCCAGCUGUGCUGAUUUGGUCAAAGCCCUUGAACUCGGCUUGAAGGUUUCUGGUGCUCAAAGUACCAACUAUGGCCUCAAGACUACUCCUAUGCUUCACUACCUUGUUCGUUGUAUCAACACUGCUGGCACCAGCGAUGCAUAUGGUGAACCUACUGAAGAAGGCUACUACAAGAAAUUGACUAAUGCGUAUACUAAUGCUGUCAAAGGAAAACCUCGCUUAUCUACUUUGUACGUCGACUGUGCUAAUGGUGUUGGUGCCCCCAAGCUCCGUGAAAUGACAAAGUUCAUUUCCGAGAAUAUUUUAUCUGUCCAAGUUGUGAACGACAACAUCACUGGCUUGGGACAAUUAAACAAGAACUGUGGUGCCGAUUUUGUAAAGACUCAACAACGUGGUCCUCAUGGCAUUACUCUCAAGGCUGGUGAAAGAUAUUGUUCUUUUGAUGGUGAUGCUGAUCGUAUCGUCUUUUACUAUGCUACUGAAGAUGGCACCUUUAGACUCUUGGAUGGUGAUAAGAUUGCUGGUCUUGCUGCUCUCUUUAUUGCUGAACUUGUCAAGGAAGCCGGUAUUAACUCUAUCAAGGUUGGUGUUGUCCAGACCGCUUAUGCUAAUGGUAGCUCCACCAACUAUCUCACCAAGGUCUUGAAUGUGCCCGUUUCUUGUGUUUCUACUGGUGUUAAGCAUCUUCACCACGAAGCUGAAAAAUACGAUGUUGGUGUUUACUUCGAAGCUAACGGUCAUGGUACUGUUCUCUUUAGCCCCAAUGCUCUCAACACCAUUAAGUCUACUGAAGCUCAAACUCCUGCUCAAAAGCAAGCCAUUACUCAACUUGAAGCCUUGACUGAACUCAUUAACCAAACUGUCGGUGAUGCUAUUUCUGAUAUGCUUUUGGUUGAAGCUAUCCUUACCAGCCGCCAAUGGAGCUUUGAAGAAUGGGAUCAAGCUUACACUGAUCUUCCUAACCGUCUUGUCAAGGUUGUUGUGCCUGAUAGACACAUCUUCAAGACAACUAAUGCCGAACGCCAAUUGGUUGAACCUGCUGGCCUCCAAGCCGAGAUUGACGCCCUUGUUGCCAAGUACAGCAAUGGUCGUUCGUUUGUUCGUGCUUCUGGUACUGAAGAUGCUGUCCGUGUCUAUGCUGAGGCUGCUUCUCGUGCCGAAACAGAUGAUCUUGCAUUCAAGGUUGCUCAACUUGUCCACGACCGUGCUGAAAAGGAUAAGCUCGAGUAAAGAAAGAAAUCAUCUAUAAACUCCCUUUGCACACACACACACACGCACACAUCCCACUUGUUCAUUUCACAAAGCAUUUAUAUACACACUACCAAAAAAAAAAAGACUUUAUUUACCCUUCCUUUUAAAUAGCAUUACACCUAAAAAAAUAAAGUACAAUU